AUGGUCUUUGAGGCUAUUGAGCUAAUGGGUACUUAUGGCUUUACUCCAAACACAUUUGCUCGUAACAUAAUCAUUGAUGCGUUGUUCAAAAUUGGGCAUGUGAAUUUAGCUAUUAAGUUUCUGAAAGAGACCCGAAGGCCAAAUUUUUUGACUUUUAACAUUGCACUAAUGAUGUUGCAAUGGGGAUAUAGCCCCAAAGUGGAGACAUUUGAGAUGAUUUUGAGCUGUUUAUGCAAAAUGGGUAAAAUAGUGGAGGCGCAUCAAGUUUUGGGUCUAUUGAUUACUUUGGGUAUUGCUGUGUCUAGACUUGAUGUGGCUGGUAAGUUAUUGGAGAAGAUGGUUGAGACUGGUUCUUCUCCUAGUAUUGUAACGUACACGACUUUAAUCAGGGGAUUUUUAAAAUCUAAUAUGGUUAGUGAAGCAUUCAAUAUUCUAAAUAUUAUGGAAUCCAAAGGAUAUGCCCCUGACCUCGUUCUUUGUAAUGUGUUAAUAGACUCCUUUGCCAAAGCUGGGAGGAGGUUUGAUAUGUUACCCAAGUUGGUUCGUGGACUUGACAUAGAAGCUGACUUAUUGCUAUAUAAGUAUACUUUUGUUGGAUUAGUAGAUGGGUUAUGCAAGGCAAAAAGAGUUGAUGAAGCAGUUGAUGCGUAUCAUGGGAUUCUCCAGAGUUUCCCUGGACAGGAUGCUUAUAUUCAUACUGUGGUCAUGGAUGGGCUUAUAAAGGUCCGUAAAUUUAAUGCGGCCAUUAGAGUGUUUAGAAAAGCAGUUGAAGAGGGCUACACCCUUGAUGUUGCAGCAUACACAGUUGCCAUUAUAGGGCUCUUUAUGGGUGGUAGAGCUGGAGAGGCUUGGUCACUCUAUUGCCAGAUGAAGGAAGUCGGCUUGGCUCUUACUGUACAUACAUACAAUGUAAUGGUCUCUGGUUUUGUUAAAGAAAGAGAUCUUAAUAUGGUUAAUUUACUGCUACAAGAGAUGAUAGAAGCAAAAGUAGAACUGAGCUCCAAUACUUUCUUGAGAUUAUCAAAAUUCCUCUGUAGACCAUAUCUUUCUAGUUCAGUUAUUGAACUAUGGAUUGAGAUGAGAAGUUUGGGUUUGAUAUCUUCUAAAGUAGUGCAAGAAUUACUUUCUGAUGAAGUUGCCAAAGGCAUGAAAGUAGAUGAUGGCCUAAUUGCAAUUUCAGACGUUACUUCAGAAACUGAUCGAUCUGUGGAGGCAUCUGGCUCUGAAGACGUUUAUGAUGUGGCUGCUUCAAUGGCUUGA